AUGGAACGUGUCGCCGCCGCCCAUGACGAGCACUUGUUAGCGGAUACUGUGUUGAGAAUAGAAGAACUCGACAAAGACUUAUAUCGUGGCCAUCACGUGGUACCUCCAGGUAGUAUCAAGGUUACGAGAAUUUAUGGUGGUCGACUUGUCGGCCAGGCUUUGGAGGCAGCAACCCGAACCGUUGCUACCACACUGCUUGCCAAUUCUGUUCACACGUAUUUUGUGAGGCCGGGAGAUCUGUCUAUUCCUGUGAUAUACAGAGUGCUCCGUCUACGAGAUGGACAGAGCUUUGCAACUCGUUCUGUUCUGGCAUCGCAGCGUGGCAGACCAAUAGCCAUUGUGAUGGCUUCGUUUCAUAUUCACGAGCCAUCAUCAUUCGAACAUCAACAUCCAAUGCCGGCCGUUCCCCCACCAGAGUCGUUGGACUCGACAGAAGUUUGCUUGAACGAAGUUCUACCAGAAGCAACCGAAGCAGCUAUCGAUGAAAUUAAGAUGACAGCUUCGGAAGCGUUGUAUGCCUCUCCGUUUGUUACAAAGAAAUGCCCUGUGCACGACACAGGAGUGAAAGAAGCAAGGAUGUUGAUGUGGUUGAAGUUGCGCGACCCUAUUCCUUCUAGCCACAUCUCCCAUCAUUUGUGUUUGCUAGCGUUUAUGUCCGAUGCUUGGAUUUUGCCAACUGCCGUCAUUCCGCACACUCAAUUCCAACUUGGCAUGAUGACAUCCCUAGACCAUACAUUGUGGUUCCAUUGCCCUGUACGAGCAGACGAGUGGUUACUGUACGAUACAUACAGCCCAAAAGCUGUGAACAAUCGAGCUCUAAUAACGGGAAGGCUGUACAAGCGUGAUGGUACUCUGGCUGUGACUGUCGUACAAGAGGGACUGAUCAGAUCUAAGCUCUAA